AUGCUCAAGUUUGCAGAUCGAAUUAAGUACAGAAUGCCAGGUCAUUUGGUAGCACUCUAUCUAUAUAGCGUUGCUGUUUUAAUCUUUAGGAUAUUAACAGAUUUUUCUGGUUCAGUUUGCUCUGUAUUUUAAAAAUAUUUUGUUUUGCGGUUUUCUCUUGAAUGAAUAUUAAAAAACAAACAAAAAAACACCUGUAUAAUAUAGUCUCACGUUUCCCACACCAGAAUUAUACUUCUAAUAAGUAGCCUGGACUUCUGUCCAUAGAGCAGUUUCUCUCAUCACUUUUUAUGAGCAGAAUUGCUCAGUAAAAAUAAUAGAAGCUAAUGGUUCACAAUUUAUUGAACCGUUAUGCUAAGCUCCCAGUUGUAUGUGCAGUGUGUACAUAACCCAUGCAAAACAUGGAGAGCAGUAAUGUAACUUUUUUAGUUCCACGGUCUGUCUGAAAAGCUCUCUUGGACCUGCAUCUAUGCAUUAUACAAAUAAAAGUAAAGGUUUACAGUAAACAGCGAGAAUGAAGUAUUUUAGAAAGAGAUGUAGACAGGGAUAAGAUGUCCUUCUCUAUGUAUCAUAAUGAAAAUACAAUUAGAUUUAUGAUUAUUGGCCUUUAAAAGCCUUGCAACAUUUACUUUACUAUUUUUCUGCCUUUAUUAUUUAGCAACCACUGUGGACCCGCCUGCUACUUCUCCAGCUAAUAGCACCACUAUUAAGGCAACAACUCCUGAGACUAAAACAAACCAAACUUUGAGUCCAUCUUCACCACCUGCGACCAUUUCUAAUACAUCGGUACCUGGCAAUACUACAAAAGGACCGGCAGUUUCUACUAUAGGUAAUCUCCGCAUGCACUCUUCUGUAUUUCUCUUGUAUGGCUUUGUGAGCAUGUAGGUGUGUGUCUGCCAACCAAAAAUUAAAUCUGACCUCUGUGUCCAAAAUCGGGUUUUGCUUCUGAUAGGGUAGUAGACGUCUAAGGUAGUAGACGCUGAUUUGUUUGUAUCCAGCAUACUGAAUGACGCAGAAAGUAUUCUGUUUUGUACUGUUGUUAAACUUAAGUAAUGCCUGAAUGCUCUUCAUAUAUGUUAUCUAAGUUAGUUGAUAUGACUGCAUCAAUUCCCGAAUGCAUAACAACAUUUGAAAGGCUCCGAAGCUUUCUUAGAGGUCAGAAGACUGAGCGUUAUUGGUUGUGUUUGCUGCAAGUACUUUUGCAGAACUCAAAUGAGAGCAGGACAUUAAACGUUACUGAUAAAACCGUUAUUGGAUCAGACAACAUACACUGUCAGAGUGUCAUAGGAAAAAAAAAAUUGAAUUUAUUAGACUUAAGGUGCAAGAUUCUAUUCCUUACAAGGAUCACUGCUCUAUAAUCUAGGUUAGAAACAUCUUUAUGCAUGCUAAGCUUUGAGCCAUUCCACAAUUAGUAAGUGGCUUUCUGGAUAGACUUUGUUAGUAGCUUGUAUUACACGUAAGCAACUAUCAUUAUACUUUGUUCACUGUGAUUAUUUGGUAGGACUGCAUAUGACCGCAUAAUUCUGAUCCUCUCCUCUUGACUUGGAUUUGUGUUCCUUCUGUGUUUAGAGUGUGAAUUACAAGUAAUUGAAAGUGAAUUUAAACCUGUAGGCCUAGAUAGCCUAAUUACAAACAUUCCUCAAGUCAAUUCUGUUUCCAGUUUGGUGGUUGUGACAGAAACCGGUUAUUAGACUGUUUUGUCGACUCUGAGCCCAUGCACACAAUCUUAUCUGGCAUGGGGAGGUUCUGGUGUUUUGAGAAGUUGGACACUUCCUUGUCCGGUAUCUCCGUGGAGCAACCGUGAACUGUCCUUUACGUUCUUAUAGUGGAAGUGAUUAAUGCUUUGAGUCCAUCCUAUUUGCUAAUUUGCAGUGUAAAUUCAUUUGAUCCUGGAAUGAGUGUAAUGAUUGGAUUUGAAUUGCAUAAUAUGCCACUAAAGUAAUGUAAAUACAAUUGAAUUUACAGUAUACGUAAUUUGAGUCCCCAACAAAAAAAAUAAAACGUUAAACGACAACAAUAUUUUUAAUGCUUUAUAUAUAUUAGAUUGGAUUAGCCGUAUUAGUCCAGUAAACAAGAUGCCGAUAGAUAGUUAUAUCAGAUUAAUUUCAAUGCCCCGGUGCCCCACCAUGGAACUUAGAUACAGAUUAAAUGCUGGGAAGAAGUGGGCGCGAGUGGGUCUGAAACAUUGACUCUGCACAAUUAAAAUCUUUUUUUUACUAUUUUCUAACCACAAGUCCUACGAGUACAGACAGAAUAUACAUUGAGUAAUUUAUAUAGAUUUCAAUUUUACAUUAUAAUAAUAAAUACCUUUCCAGUUUCUAAAAUUGCACCGCUUAGAGUAACUCACUGCAGUUUCAAGCACCAGCAAUCAGGAGCAUCUUAUCUUACAGGGUUAUAAACUAGUGAGUGAGCCAAAGUAAAUUCAGGUGGAAAACCAAGGCAACCAGCUAAAAUUUAAAAAAAUCUAAUUGAUUCAAUGCUUUCCUAUAGGGAAGCUCUAAAUCACGUGGCAAGUGUCACACAUUCACAUUGGGUCCCACAACUGCCCUGACAUCACAGGAGGAGGAGAGACCUCUGCACUGGAAUUAAGGCAACUUAAUCAAUGGUUUUAAAACCCUUUACAACCUCAGAUGAACAACAACACAUGACAUAUUACACCGCGUCUUGAUUUUAUAUAACAAAAAUAAAGCCAAAAUGGAGAAGCCAUGUGUGAAAAACAAAGUACACCCUUACUGCUACCAUAGUAAUUACGAGGUUAACUAGCCCUUGAUUAAUUGUCAGCAAUAGUGGCCACAUCUGUAAAAAAAAAGUUAGGCUAAAAUAACUGAAUUGGAAAAAAAUCUCCAAGUCAAUUCUGUUUUCAGUUUGAUUAUUUUGACCUGAAUUCUGAAAUUCUCUUUGAAUAACCUGCAGUUGUGACUUUUGUAAAUUACCAUGCCAGUGUCAGAGCAAUGGCAGUUUUAACUUAUACAGAGUGCACUGGAAUGUAAGGGGCAGUAAUUGAUAUAUGUAAUCCUACUACCCAUAUGAAAUGCCCAAUACUUUUUGCAAUAUGAUACAUAAUGUGAAAUGCGGAUUAUGGAAAUAUAAUACCACCAAUGUUUUCUGGAGACCUAAUAAACCACAAUAGAGUAUAUGAAUGUAUCCAGAGCCCGGAGAUUUUAUAUAUCAUAUUAUUUUAUAUUUUGCAGCUUCCCUUAUUGAUGGCGUCCCCCUCUAGCAAUUCUCUAGUGUGUGUAUACACCUAUAUAUAUACACACACACACACACACACACACACACACACACACACACAUCAGUGAAUUGCUAGAGGGGGACGCCAUCAAUAAGGGAAGCUGCAAAAUAAAAAAUGAUAUAUAAAAUCUCCGGGCUCUGGAUACAUUCAUAUACUCUAUUGUGGUUUAUUAGGUCUCCAGAAAACAUUGGUGGCAUUAUAUUUCCAUAAUCCGCAUUUCACAUUGUAUCAUAUUGCAAUAAGUGUUGGGCAUUUCACAUUGGUAGUAGGAUUACAUAUAUCAAUUACUGCCCCUUACAUAUAGAGAUAUAUAGAGAGAGAUGUACUUGUAUGCAAUUACAUAAUCAUCGUUUGGUAAUGACUAAUGUUUUAAAGUGUUUUUUGGGGGGAAUUUCUAAUACUUUCGUUUUAUACAUGCUUCGUUAAGGAUCAACACUUUCAUUUUCAAAGGUAAGGGCAGUCUAGUGAGAUUUUAUUUCACAACUCUAAUUUCUUUUUAAUUCUAUUUUACAAUAAACUUUCAUGUAGAGACCUUAUCAAAGCCUCAAUAUAAUACAAGUAGUAUUUGCAAAUACAAAUUAUUCAGCCUCUUGUGUCUGAUUUAAAAUUAAAUCAACAGAGCAGGAGAUAAUUUCAAAAGUAAACACACUGUACUGUAAGAUCUGAGUGAAAAUUAAACAAUUUGUUUCACAAAGUCUCUGUGAGUCACAACCAGGGGAGGUGUGGCUAGGACAGCAUAAACAGAAACAAAAGCAAUUUAUUUUUUAAAUGGCAAUAUAAUUUUGUUCUGGAGAAACUUUCCAUUCUCAUCAAAUAUUUAUAUAUGCAACGCAACUGAAAAUAAAUAACAUGUAGCAAAAAAAGUUAAAGAAAUUAGGAAAUGUUAUUUUUCAAGUUCUGCAUGGCUUUUUAACUUGGAAUGUCCUAAACUGUUUGUUUUUACUGCAAUAAAAUAAAUACAUUUGUGUUCAGUAUUGUCUCAUGGGUAAAAACAGAACUCCCCCAUGUACAGGUUUUAUUGAGUUUUAAACUGUUACAGGGUUAAUUAUAGAGCUUGCCAAUUUCAGUUUUUACAUUGAAAUUUGCCAUAUUUGUUUGUUCAGUAGCUUCUUAGUCCCAGACCCUGUUAGUGGAUCUGCCUGACAACCCACACAGUCAGUGAUGUAAAUGGCUGAUUCGGUUAUGUGAUUGCAGUAUUAUCGAGAUCAGAUGCGGAUGGGUAGGAUUUGCUGCAAGCGAACUGCCUCCCCCUGAUAAGGAUCGCCACAGAAGGUUAGGCGAGGUAGGAUCAUUAGGGUGUGCUAUGCCACCCUAAAGGCGUUAAAGCCCUCCUUUAGCAGGACAGCAUUGCACACCCUAAUAGCGUUAAAUGGUUAAAGACUCUUUAUCAAAAUGGUUUAUAUACACCUGCAAAUGUGAAUUAGCAGGACAUCCAAUGCUGGCACUUGGGUCUUUCAGGAUCAGUUUGUGUUGAUUCUAUGAGAUAUCAUUGUUCCUUAAAAGACCAUUUAUAGGCACUCAGACCACUUCAGCUCAAUGAAGUGGUCUGGGUGCCAGGUCCCUCUAGUUUUAACCCUGCAGCUGAAAACAUAGCAUUUUCUUUUAGAGAAUCUGUUAUGUUCACGCUGAGGGUUAAUCCAGACUCUAGUGGCUGUCUCACUGACAGGCGCUUCCGCGAUUCUCACUGUGAAUAUCACAGUGAGAAGACGCUGGACGUCCAUAGAAAAGCAUUGAGUAAUGCUUUCCUAUGGGCUGUUUGAAUGCGCUUGUGGAUGCGCAUUCGGGGAUGAUGCAGUGGCGGAUCCAGAGCCUGAUCUCGGGAGGGGCACUUGUAUAUUAUUUAAAGAAAUAAUCCAGACACAAUAACCACUACAGCUCAGUGUAGUGGUUAUGGUGUCAAUAGUGCCAGGACCCCCUCCCAGAGUAAGUAGUCAAACCGUUUAAGAACAGUUUGACAACUUACCUGAGAUCUGCUGGGAAAUGGGGCUGUAGUAGGGCAUAGGAGCAGUGGUGUGUGUGAGUGGUGCAAUGUGUAGGGGGUGCAGUGUGUGUGUGAGGGCGGCAGUGUAUGUCAGGGAUGCAGUGUAUGUGUGGGACAGUAUGUGUGUGUAACAGUUGCAGUGUGUGUGUGUAUGGGGGGCAGUGUGUGUGUAUGGGGCAGUGUGUGUGUAUGGGGGCAGUAUGUGUGUAUGGGGGCAGUAUGUGUGUAUGUAUGUGUGUAUGGGGGGCAGUAUGUGUGUAUGGGGGGGUAUGUGUAUGGGGCAGUAUGUGUGUAUGGGGGCAGUAUGUGUGUGUGUAUGGGGGCAGUGUGUGUGUAUGGGGGCAGUGUGUGUAUGGGGCGGUUUUGUGUGUAUGGGGCUGUUUGUGUGUAUGGGGGGCAGUUUGUGUGUAUGGGGGCAGUGUGUGGGGGCAGUUUGUGUGUAUUGGGGCAGUUUGUGUGUAAGGGGGGCAGUUUGUGUGUGGGGCAGUUUGUGUGUAUGGGGGGCAGUUUGUGUGAAUGGGGGGCAGUUUGUGUGUAUAGGGGCAGUUUGUGUGAAUGGGGGGGCAGUAUUGGGGGCAAUGUAUGUGUGUGUGGCUUUUUUUUUUUAUAAUAUAUAUUUUUUUUAUUUAAUUAAAAUAAAUAUCCUAUGUCCCCCCUCCCUUCUUACCUUUACUGGGGAGGAGGGGGGACAUAUUUCGAUCCCUGGUGGUCCAGUGGGAUUCCCUGGUGGUCCCAGUGGGGAGAGUGAACUCUAGCCCGCGCUCCAGGGCUAGAGUUCACUCUCGCGAGAUUUGGAGCGUUGCCGUGGUAACCGCGGCAACGCUCCAAAUCUCACGAGAGGAGGACCUGGAGGAGCUGCAGCCUGAGCUCCGGGUCCUCUCUCUCCUCUCCUCCCCGCCGGCCGCCAGCACAGUGCCUGCGGACCGGGGAGGGAGAUCUCUGAUCUCCCCCCCCCCGGCAGGCACAUUGCAGGGCUAGCACCUGCAUGUCCUGGCAGGGGAGAGGGAGACCAGCGGAUUUCUUGGGGGGGGGGGCAAUUGCCCCGUUGCUCCCCCCCCAGGAUCCGCCACUGGGAUGAUGUCGACAGAGGGAGGAGCGUUCCCCAGCACGACGGAGCCCAGUGCUGGAGAAAGGUAAGUGGCUGAAGGGGUUUUAACACCUUCAGCCCAGCCGGAGGGGGGCCCUUAGGAUGGGGCUGACCUAAUGACCCUAUAGUGCCAGGAAAACGAGUUUAAUCCCUUUAAGGCAUGGGUCCUCAAACUCAAGCCCCCGAGAUGUUGCUGAACUACAACUCUCAUGAUUCUCCGGCUAUCUAUGUAAUUCAAAUAAUCAUGGGAGUUGUAGUUAAGCAGCAUCUGUGGGGGAAGGAGAUUGAGGACCCAUACUUUAAGGGAUUAACUUGGUAACAGACUUUUACAUGUAUCAAAAUAUGUUAUAAAUGAUUUUGCCCCUUACAAAGCAAUAUUUUUUUUGUAUUUGAAAUAUAAGAAAAGUGAAAUAACUUAUUUUCUUGAUAUAGGUGUAACUACGAAAAAGGCAACCCCUGUGGCAACAACCAAUGCUCCCAUUAAGCCGACUUCUGCAAAAGCCACAUCUGCUGCUAUAACAGCAAGUAUGUAUUUAGGGCAAAUUUAUAACAUUUUUAAAAUGCCUGUUAAGAAAGCUAUGCCCAUAUGUGUUAUACGGUCAUUGCCAUGGACAAAAGAAUGAGUUUCCCUGUAGUGUUGGCUGCAGUCUGUAUGUUGUGCUUUAACCACAUUGAAGAUGACUUAUUAAAUAUAAAGAAAAUGUAAUCAGUUAAAUUCCUUAAAGUAUUUUUAAAAUAUAUGUAUUCAAAAUAAUGGGUUGAGGGGGGAAUAGUAAAGGGGAAAACAUAAUCUUGACCAAGAAUAUUUACUUUUCUUUAAAAAAAAAAAAAGGAAGUAAAUAGAAAACCUCCAGCCACCAUAACCACUACUGUGUUUUGUAGUGGUUAUAGUUUUAAGAGUGUUUAGACACACCCUGAUUGUAAGUAGUCAAGCUGUUUUAGAUUGUUUUGACUCCAUACCUUGGUUCUGCCAAACUUCAGACCCUGUCUCCACACCUCUGCAAGAGAUUAAGCUCAGCUUGGUGGCGCAGGGUUUAGCUCAUUGGAUAAGAACAAUCAGCUGACACGGUCUGCUUAUGAGCCUGCCCUGCAUGGCUUGGCUGAGGAAGGCUAAUAGUAUUCUUCUGGUUCUGUGGCUGAGGUAGUGGAGAAGUGGAGCGGUGCCUGGUAGCCACCAAGUAAGAAGUGAAAACAUACUAAACCGGUUUGAUUGCUUACAAUGGGAGUUACCAGGGCACUCCAGGCACCAUAACCACUGUAGAGCAUUUUAGUAGUUAUGGUCCUUAGAAUGUUCCUUUUAAUAAGUGGGGGAAAAAGGGGUAUGAGUGGGUUUAAUCUUGGCUAAAAUCCCAAGUAAAACCACAUUUUUUUAAUAAAUUUUGAUCUUUCAAAUGUUCUAUAUAAUGUCCUAAAUUGGUACCCUUAUGUGGGAUUGCCGUAUUUAAGGAUACCAAAUUAGGGAGUAAUUUAGCAGAUAGCUCUCAUAUUUGGUAUCCUUAAAGGACCACUAUAGUGCCAGGAAAACAUACUCGUUUUCCUGGCACUAUAGUGCCCUGAGGGAGCCCCCACCCUCAGGGUCCCCCUUCCACCCGGCUGGAUAGAGAGGAAGGGGUUAAACUUACCUCUUUCUCCAGCGCCGGGUGGGGAGCUCUCCUCCUCCUCUUCAGCUGAAUGCGAAUGCGCGGCAGGAGCUGCGCGCGCAUUCAGCCAGUCUCAUAGGAAAGCAUUUACAACGCUUUCCUAUGGACGCUGGCGUCUUCUCACUGUGAUUUUCACAGUGAGAAGCACGCAAACGCCUCUAGCGGCUGUCAAUGAGACAGUCACUAGAGGAUUUAGAGGCUGGAUUAACCCAUUUAUAAACAUAGCAGUUUCUCUAAAAAAAAAAAAAAAAAAAAGGGUUAGUCCUAGAGGGACCUGGCACCCAGACCACCUCAUUAAGCUGAAGUGGUCUGGGUGCCUAGAGUGGUCCUUUAAAUUCAGCCCUCAUGUAUUUGCCAAACCUUGCUGUAGAACAUAGUAUUGUUUGCAGAAGCAUAGUUUGUUUGAAGAGACGUUAGUCACCCAAACCUCUGAGAAGUCUACCCAUCAGAGAGGCAUAUCCAAAUACAAAAACACACACUUCCUUUGCAUACUUUCAAGUACGACAUUCUUACACGAUAAGUCAACGCCUCAUGGUCUCCGAUUGGAGUAAUUCUCUGGAUCAUCUUUUAUGCACCACAAAUCCAGCACUUUACUCCAUCUCUACCCUAUAUGCCCUUUUACGAUACACACCUACACACCUGACUGGAACACACUACAAAUGGGUCUGGGGAAUUGGAACAUUACUUCCCUGAUAUCACACAUGAGAACAUCCUAAACUCACACUACACUCAAAGUCAACUGCUCCCCAUUCUUAUUGAGACAUGUUCCUGAAAACCACACAUUCCGCAUAUUUUACCCCGCAUAGACUACAUCUCAUGGCAAGGAAGGACUCCUCUACCUGCUUUAAAUGCACCCAAACCAAAGCGGAUAUGUAUCACUGUCUGUGGGAGUGUCCCAUGAUUCAGACCUUCUGGAGAGAGGUUGCGCAAUGCUUAACAAACAACAAUAUGAUGCCAUUACCAUUAAAUCCCAGUUUCCUAUUAUUGGGACCCGUUCAUGGUGACUCCGUGCCUAAUAGAUGCUUCUCUAUGAUCAUUGCUUACUUUAUUCUUAACCAAACUCAAAUUCCUUUUUCAAAUGGACUGGCUUUAUACCCUAGCCAACAAGGAACUUCUGGUUAAAAAAAAAUAAAAAAAUUUCCUCCCUUGGAAAUGGUAUAUUUCUACGCUGGACACCUCCUUCCAAUCUAGAAUUAGAGCAACUGGAGUACACGGUAUGUUUCUCAACCGAGGUGGUGGCAGGAUGGGACCCAUUGGGUGUGCUGCCCAGUGCUACUCAUCCAUAACUCCAUUUACUGUUCUUGGGGUGCGGGAUGUUCAGUGGACCAGUAAUUGUAAAUAGUUAUUGACUUUGAAAAAGUCUGAAGGGAGGGAGAGGAGGGAAAAGGGAAAAGGGAAAGACCAACAUAUGUAGAGUCAUGGGUUGCAGAACAAUCAAAGCAACAUGGAUAUAAAGAGCAUACUACUAUUAGAAAUACAUAUCUAGAGCAAAUUUAUUAAACGUAGUAAAGUAGUUAAAUUCUCAUGACAUUCAGUAUAAAACGGCAUUAUGACAUGUAACGCCGAAUAUAUGGUUACUACUUUCAUUGUUAUACAGGUUCUUGACCCACUCAAUGCAAACGGAUGCUGAUCACAUCUUACGUGCAUAUCACAUCCAACGACAACAAUACACUACCAAAAUCAUUGAAUAACACUGCUACAAACACAGCCCCGCUCCUACAUAGUAUAUUAAGUACAUUACUUUCUAAGGUUAUUUGUUUUCUGUUAUUGUUCUUCUUUAACUUUAAAAAAACAAAACUCUGGUGGAUUGCGACCAAGUCGAUCACCACAACAUGAAGAGAUCCUUAACAAAAUAACUCUAGACUUUAUUUUUCUUUCUGUAAUACAUUGCUGACAUAUGUACUAUGAUAUGGCUUUUGCACAAGCCCAACAAUGUUAUAUUACCAUGCAAUCUGCCAUUGCAAAAAUAAAGGGGGGUGGAGGGGAGGGGCACACAUGACAUUCAUUUCCUUGUUGCAUUCUUGCAUACAUACAGCCACGUAUGUAAAAACAUGAAAAUCAUACCCUCUCACAAGCAGGGGAAAGUUGGGUGGCUGCCGGGCAGGGAAGUCAAUAAAGGUACAAUUUGCACAGAGUACACAAUAGUAAAAUAAAAUCACACCCAAAGGGAGAGAAUCAAUAAAGUGGGGAAGCUUUGGAGAUAAUUGGAAAUAAACAGAUAAGGGAAAAAAAUAUUCCAUGGGAAAGCUGAAUUUUCUUUGCUGCUACUAAAAAGUAACGAAAAAGUGCAAAAUAGUGGCUUAUAUCAGUAAAAUUAUUCUACACAUGGCAUUUUGCUCCAAAUUUCCUUGAGAGAUACAGCCAAAUCUAUUAAUUGUUCCAAUAUGCACUAGAGCAAAAUCUGAUUCCAGUUUCUUUUGAUCCAGAUUCUACAGCAUCGUCUUCAUUAAUAAAGGUCUCUGGAUUUGACUUGGGCAGUUUCGUAGGAGGCAUUGUACUGACCAUUGGAAUUCUUGCCCUGGCCUACUUUGGGUGUAGAUUCUAUAACUCGAGAAGGGGAGUUCGCUACAGGACCAUGUAAGUCAUCCUAUUUUUACGUUUCACAUGUGUGUAUUUUAUGUUUUGUAAGUAAUUUAGACAUAAAGCACAAUCUGGAUUUUUAUGAUCAUAAAAAAAAAUCCCUUAAAGAGAAACAUCCACUUAACAGUUUUGUUUGUGUGUGUGUGUGUAUAUAUGUAUAUAAUAUUAUGGCUACUUAUCUUCUCACUAAUAGUCUGAAAUUUAUUGGAAAUAAAAUGUAGAAAUCAAUACAAUUUUGUAUUUAACUCUAUCACAGUAAAGGAGUUUAAGCAUGCGUGGGAUAGGCAUAAGGCUAUCCUAACUAUAAGAUAAGACUAGGGACUAAUGAAAGGUAUUUAGAAAAUUGGGCAGACUAGAUGGGCCGAAUGGUUCUUAUCUGCCGUCACAUUCUAUGUUUCUAUCCUGUAUUUGAAUUCCCCAACUUUAAUUCGUGUCAGUCAUUGUUCUAAUCUUUGCUAGUUUCAGUAAAAAGAAAAAAUAAUGUAAAUAACCAUUUUUUUCACACAUCAGUCAGAGACCUCCCCAUAAUCGGCAUUUAAUUUCUAUAUGGAUCAGGAGUCGGUUGGUAGGAGGAAAAAAAAAAAAUACAUAAAAAAAUCUAGAGGACUCAACUCCAAAAGCUCUGGAUUAACUUGUUGCACCUCUAAAUUAAAGGGUUGUUUCUAAGGCAAGGUUAGCAAAGUUAAGGCUACAUCCAGCAGUUGUUGAAGUGCAUCUUCUAUCAUUUAAUCUUUUUUUUUAUAAUGGAUAUUAUUGUCCAACAUUAAUACACAGUCAGACAGCUACACACUGUCAGACACAUAUACAAAUGCACAAUGUUAGAGACACACACGGAUACAAAGUCAGACAGCUACAUACUGUCAGACACAUGCAUGUGCCCAAACUGUCACACACAUCCAGAUCUCCAACCCUUUUGCCUUCCAUAAUCAGCCCUUGCUCCCCUUUCAACUUAAAUAGUCCCCAAAACAACUUUAGCUUAAUGAAGCAGUUUUGGUGUGUAAAUCAUGCCGCUACGUUCUCACUGCUCACUUCUCUGCCAUUUUGGUGUUAAAUCACUUUGUUUAUGCAGCCCUAGUCACACCUCCCUGCAUGUGACUUACACAGCCUUCAAACAUUUCUUGCAAAGAGUCAUCUAAUGUGUAUACUUCCUCUAUUGAAAAUACUGUUUAAUUUAGAAUGUAUUAUCUCCUGCUCUGUUAAUAGAUUUCUAGACCCUGCAGGAGCCUCUUGUAUGUAAUUAAAGUUCAAUUUACAGAACAGGAAAUAAAAACUUUUAAAGUAAGCUACAUCUGAUUGAAAGUGAAACCAUUUAUUUUCAUGCAGGCUAUGUGAGUCACAAGUGGAGGUGUGGCUAUGCCUGCAUAAACAGAAGCAAAAGUGAUUUUAACUCCUAAAUGGUGGAGAAUUGAGCGGUGAGACUUCAGGGGCAUGAUCUAUACACCAAAACUGCUUCAUUAAGCUAAAGUUGUUUUGAUGACUAUAGUGUCCCUUUAAUCAUUUCUCCAUUCACAGGCAAUAAAUCUUCCUCAUGUUCCCAAAUCCUACCUUUAUUCCUUUGAAGCAGUAAAAAUCUGCAUAUGCAGCCCAGCCUCCACACUGAGACUGGUGUGUGACUGUCCUCUUAAAAUUCCCUGCCCCUUCGCACAGACUCCUGAUCAGACACUCGUUAUGAUUGGAUUAAAUCCUCCCUACUCUGCUGCACCGAGGAAGCCAUGCAGGUUGCCUUUCUACUAAAAGACUCGCUCUUCCCAUAUAGGAAAAGCCCUUUUACUGGGGUACUGGUUGAUUUUGUGCCUAGAAAUGAAUACCAUGUCUUCCAUUCUGGAUAUGUCCUGUUUUUGUUUUUUUCCCUUUUAUCUUAUACAAUGCCAGUGCCUGGAGAUAUCACAUUAAAUCAUGUUUGACUAACAGUCCUUCCUUCCUACAAUGCACUCCAACAGGCAGACAGUUGUUUAUGCUUGUGGCCAAAAAUGGAAUAUAAUUUCUACUGCAAUCAUUGCUGAAUGCUAAUUGUUUCCUAAACUGGAAUGGGAAAAAGACGGUACACUAUAAACUGACCAAUACUAAAGGUAAAUAGGGCCCUACCCGUGAGCAGAGAUCUAGCCCGUGAACAUCUUUUAUAGAGAGUACUUUGCUAGAGAGUCUGUGAGCUUACAAUCUAAAGGUUCAAAUUGGGAGAUGAGACGAGCAGUAGCAGAGGAAUUUGGAGGUCAUGGCACUUCUUCUUUUGAAUUGUCCACAAUCAACUAUUUAAAUACAAUGCAGGGCUUUUCAGCAAUUCUGAGAAUUAACCAAGCAAUUUCACAUAUUACAACAAGAUAAAUUAAAGUCUCCCAUUCAUCUUGGCCUUGUCCUUUCCCCACAAUCCCCACUCUAGUGCAAUAAACCCAUUAGUGUUUACAAUUAAGCAGUUCCAAGGUAUGAAACUUUAUUUCUAUGUUUUUUUUAUUUUUCUUGUUUGUGACAGAGAAGAGCACGAAGCAAUCAUUUAGGAUGAAGUAACGGUAUGAAGUUUAGAUUUACCAAUUCCCUCCGCAUCCAGCGUUUGUCUUCAAAUCUGGCACCAAAAUGGAUAAACACAAACUUUAGUGUAUGCAUUGCAAUUAACUGUUUUUUUUUUCUUCCUGCUAUCUUUAUAUCAGCAAAUAUACUGUUUUAUUUUUUGGGGGUGUUUGUCUAUAUACAAUGUAUGUAAAGGUGAAUGAGCCAGUCUUACAUUCCGAUGUUAGUGUGCAUCCUUCUCUACAUAUAUAGCAUUCCUUCUUUUUUAUUUUUGAAAUUACAAAUAUCAGUUUUGAGCAAUAAUAUGUUAAUAUUGUGUAUUAAUAACAUAUGUAAAAGAAAUGACUGUUAUGUUAAGUGCUGUGAAACAAAAUCAUUCUAAUUGUUAUAUUAAGGAAAUUACACUUCUUGAUGGAUUUGGGUUUUUUUACUUCAAAAACAUCCCCACCUGAAAAAGAACUCCUAUUUUGUAGCAUUCUUAAUAAAAAUGAGUGUUGAUUCUCCAUAUGAGAUGACAUCAUAAAAUAUACAGAUCUGAGGCUGCUGUGUCUGCAGUAACUUACUUUCUUGGUGGAGAAAGUAUAUUUUGUAAAAUCGUUCGCAUCACAUCCCCCUGCAGCCAAUAAAACUAUCAGAUUUGUUAUCUUGUCAACACUGUCGGGUUUAUCCAUGUAAACCUAUUGAGAAUCAAAAAUCUGAGCUGCAAAUAUAGGUAGAGUUUGCUGAUUUAGAGAACUUCUCAAACACUGCUAUAGUCACCGCUAAGCUAUCUUUGCCUAAUUUAAGCCACUCAGAGUUUAGCAAAUAACCAUGUGUAUCUAAAAUAAGUAGGAAAUUCUCUAAAUUAACAACAAAUCUCUUAGUUCUGAUAUUCGUCCAUUGCCCACUACAUCAUCCAGGACAUGUCUUGCUGACCCAGCCAAUCCCUGGAACGGUAAAGUAGCUACACAUUCUCUUAAACUGCAAAUAAUGUUGCACACAUAUUCACCGUGUUUUUUGGAAAUGAUUUAAGCUGAGAUUUUUCUGGUUCAAAAAUUGUCACCUCUGUAUUUAGUAAAUUAACAAAAAAAAACAACAAAAUAAUGCACAUUUCGUAUAACCAAAGGCACAAAUAUAUGGGUCAAAACGUUUGACGUAUUUCUUGAAUACAUCUAUUAUUUCUCUUGUUUUUUUCUAAACCCCCACCUGAUACAGUUGGUUUUAUAAACUGAAUUUUUUAACAUGUAAUUCUUAAAGAUUGCCUCAUUAGUAAUACAGUUGAUUUGUUAACCUGUAACAAUGUGACAAGCAAUCUGUAUUCUUUAUAAUUGCUGAUGCUACAGUAUACAAUUUUAUGUCGUUUUCUUUUUGCUAAUUUUAAGGAAGACUUAAAACUCUUAAUUGUCUUUCUGGCCUGUUGCAACAUGUAAUAUUGAGAACAGUUUGUUGUCUAUUAGUUAAAGUGGGAAACAGUUACAUUAUAUAUCAUGUUGGGUAUCUUGUCACAAUUAUAUGGGUACAGUAUAGAUUAGUACCGGCCAACCUUGGCGCUUCGGUUAUUUAAGCAUCAUGGGUAAUGUAGUUCACAGUGAAGGGAAUCCACGCUGUCUGUUAUAGUUAUAGACUGCUUUGACCUCUUUCUGCUUUGAUGCAGUCACUUUGUUACAAAAUCAGAUGUGGAACUUGGAGAAAUCAAAAAGCAUUUCUAAUGCACUGAUCACCCCAUUCCCCUUUCGUCUUUAUAUUCUACACCCCAAUGGAGUAUCACAGGUCAAGUAAAUUGUUAAUCCCCUUGCACUGACAGAUUAUGGCUGCAUUUUUAAUGUUUAUGGAUAAGCUCUUCAAAUGGUUUAAUGUUUUUGGCUAUACAUAUAAAAUGUAUUUUUGUUUUCUUCAAAAUAUAGAAAUUGGGGAGGAGGUGGGUGGACACCUUAUUAUAAGUAAUAUAAUUAACAAAGUAAAAUCUUGUUUAUCCAAAAGUAUUAAAUUAAGGCCUAUAUUGUAAGCCAUGCUGGAUAUGGGUAAUAUCAUUACAUGUUUUAUGAAACUCUAGCAUUCCUUCACAAACCAGACUGUGUAGGAUUUUGUUAGCCCAGUUAUGUUAGAAUGGAGAUAGAGAUAAAACCCGGACUGUCGAACCUUAGAGCUUGGUUGAAAACUGCUAUGGAUUUUAAAACCUUAUGUUCCAUGAGGUUUCACAUUUGCUAAAAAUAUUAAAAACUUUCAAGACGUUCAUGCAAUAAAAUCGCACAUUUUGUGUGGGGGGGGGGGUUUCUGUCUUUCAAAGAGCCUUAUAGCUAAAACCAAACAAUCUUGAAUGACCCAAAAAUUGGCACUUCAAUGUGCUAUAGAGGUCAUCCCCGCGUAUGUCUAACAAGAUAAUGUAUAACAUUGGUAUCCAACCCAUUGCUCAAGGGACGCCAAUAGACAAAGAAUUAGUCUUUUACCAGUUCUGUUUCUACCAGAUACUGACAGAACCUGUGAACUGUUAGUGAGCUUUGAGCACUGAGUGUGGAACCACUGAUUUAUGCAAUUAAAAGUUCACAUUUUCACUUUGUUGUAUGUAAAAAGAUUAAUUCUAGCAAAGAUCUGGAUUGGUCCUGUGGAAUGUUUGUUUUUUCUGAUUCUUCUUGUAUUUUGGUUACAUUUGUCAUUUUAAUACUUUGUACUGUACUAUUGAAACUUUGGAAAGAAAAAUAUUUUGGGUCAAAUAUAGACUAAAAUAAAUCUGCAGACUUUACAUAUAAUAUUUUAAAACUAAAUUUAUAUUUUUAAUGUGCCUUUUGAAAAAUGUUUGAAUAUAUUCUUGAUUUGCCUAAAUAAAGAGUAAUUUGCACUGUUAGAUUGUUGUGUUUUCAGUAUGUUCUUAAUCCAAAAUUUCCAAAACGGAUCAACAUCUUUUCCAAUCUAAAGUCCAAUAUAUCACCUUGUGUAUCAUACACCAACAUUUCGUAAACACUUCUGGAAUCGAAUGUCAGAGGUUGUUCACUAAAUGUACUAUCCAAAACAGAACACACACUGAUUUGGUCCAUGUGAGCUUGAACAAGAGGCACAAAAUCAGCAGAUCAGCUUCCCAGGACUUGCAGUAGCCUUAGCAUGUGUCUUUUCUCAUUGCAGCUUCACAC